CUUAUGUGCACCAUUAGAGCGCAUGUGUUGUGUAAGUGUUUGUCAAUUGAAUAGAUUGUCAAUAAAACAACUCUUGGUUUGUCUUCACUUACCAUUGAAUUGAGGACUAAAUUGGAGACAAUUAUUGACACAAAUCAUCGCAACAUUGGUAGCAAUAGGACUCACAUGAAUGGCUUCGCAUACUUUUAUGCGGAUUAAGAAAGAUCUGAGUUCACUGAUAGUGACGGACCCAUUGCCGGGCAUUAUAGCGGUUCCUCACGAGUCGGACAUCAGCCAAAUCGAUGCCCUCAUAACGGGUCCCUUCGAUACCCCCUAUUGCGGCGGAUUCUUCUUGUUUCGGAUCAACUGUCCGCACGAUUACCCCAUUUGCCCUCCCAAAGUGAAACUGUUGACCACAUGCAACGAUACGGUCAGAUUCAACCCUAACCUCUACAAGAAUGGCAAAGUAUGUCUCAGUAUUCUGGGGACAUGGGAUGGCCCGAGUUGGAGUCCAGCGCUCACCCUCUCAACUGUCCUCUUAUCCAUUCAAUCGCUACUCAAUGAUAAGCCAUACCAUAACGAACCGGGAUAUGGAAAGGAGUGCGGAAAUGUAAACCCGGUUGACGUCGAGAGCUAUAAUGAGAUCAUAACCCACGAGACAAUUCGUGUGGCGGUGUGUGAUAUGAUUGAGAACAAGAAUAAUGACUCCAAUAACUGUCCAAAAGUCAUAAGGAAUGCCAUUCACUAUUGCUUUCAAUACAAUGAAUUUUAUUUUCAAUUAAAAUGCUAUUACAGGGAAGCGAUUGAGAAGUCAUUCGUAGAGUUUUAUCCGCAUUACGAGAGUGUGGUUAAGAAGAAUCUGUUUCGCUCUCAGCAGCCAAUGAUUGACCCGUUUGGUGGCGAAGAUCGGGGUGUUUUUGAUUACAAUCUACUGUUGAAGAGACUGCAAACAUUGAAAGAGAAAUACAAUGUGAGCGCACAGUUAUCCGAUGAGGACUCCGAGUCCGAUAUGGACUGAAACCGAAAUCUUUUUAUUUCUCGAAAAUAUAUUC